AAUGAGCUGUAGAAGGUCCACCAGUAAAAAGAACGUCUACAAGAGUAAGUACAGACGAUCCCUGUUCUGUUUGGUGGUCAACUACUACCCUCUGUUUCGUAGUUGCAGGAACCAAACCUUAUCAUUAUGACUGGGACAGCCGAAUCAAAUUCCUCUUCUUCACUCACCGACCAUUAAAUUUAACGUUAUACAGUCAAAGGCUUCAGGUCAUGACCGAAUUCUAGAAAGAAGAAAGAUGCAUUUUCCAAUUAGUUCGUGUUUGUGCGCGAGUGACGUGUUUUGAGUGUGCGUGCUUGCGUGGGAGAUGAUUUGGAGUGUUGCUGAGAAGCAUGGACACUUAUAAAUGAUAUUUUGGUGGAUCUACUGUUAGCUGUGGAUUUUGUGAUGUUAAAAUGGCUUCCAAUGCUACAUCUGGAAAUGCUUGCCCGCUGCCAAUGAAAGCCACAUCAAAUGGUGCAUUUCAGGGAGAUAACCCUCUUGAUUUUGCGCUCCCCCUGGCUAUUUUACAGAUAUGUCUUGUUCUUGUAGUCUCAAGGGGAUUGGCAUAUCUUCUAAGACCUUUAAGGCAACCGAGAGUUAUUGCAGAGAUUGUUGGUGGAAUAAUACUUGGGCCAUCAGCACUUGGGCGGAACAAAAGCUAUCUGCAGGCAGUGUUCCCACCCAGGAGUAUUACAGUAUUAGAUACUCUAGCAAACAUUGGCCUUAUUUUCUUUCUAUUCUUAGCAGGCCUGGAGUUAGAUCCUAAAUCUCUGCGUCAAACUGGAAAUCGAGUCCUUGCUAUUGCUAUGGCUGGAAUAGGCCUACCAUUUGCACUAGGAAUUGGUUCAUCACUUGUUCUGCAACAAACAAUUGCCAAAGGUGUAGAGAGUAGUACUGCAUUCCUUGUGUUUAUGGGUGUUGCUCUGUCCAUAACUGCAUUUCCCGUAUUAGCCCGUAUUUUGGCUGAGUUGAAACUUCUAACCACAAAUGUUGGCAGAAUUGCUAUGUCAGCUGCAGCAGUUAAUGACAUAGCUGCCUGGAUUCUGCUUGCUCUGGCUGUUGCUUUAUCAGGCAAUGACCGGUCCCCUCUUGUGUCAUUGUGGGUCUUGUUGGCCGCGUGUGGUUUUAUCAUUUGUUCAAUCCUCAUGGUUCCUCCAAUUUUCAAAUGGAUGAUCCAACGAUGCCACGAAGGUGAACCGGUUGAAGAGGUAUACAUAUGUGCUACCUUAGCUGCUGUUCUGGCUGCUGGGUUUGUUACAGAUGCUAUUGGAAUCCAUGCCAUGUUUGGUGCUUUUGUUGUUGGAAUUUUGGUCCCAAAAGAUGGACCAUUUGCCAGUGCUCUUGUGGAGAAAGUGGAAGAUCUUGUGUCUGGUCUAUUUCUCCCACUCUUUUUUGUGUCAAGUGGAUUGAAGACUAAUGUGGCCACCAUUAAGGGGCUGCAAUCAUGGGGCCUUCUGGCUUUUGUUAUAUUUACCGCUUCAUUUGGGAAGAUUGUUGGGACUUUUGUUGUUUCUCUUUUCUGUAAAGUGCCUUUUAACGAGGCAUUAGUGUUGGGAUUCUUGAUGAAUAGUAAAGGCUUGGUUGAAUUGAUUGUCCUCAACAUUGGCAGAGAUAGGAAGGUUUUGAAUGAUCAGACCUUUGCCAUUAUGGUUCUUAUGGCUCUCUUUACUACCUUCAUCACCACUCCACUUGUGGUUGCUGUGUAUAAGCCUGCAAGAAAGGGAAGAAUAGCUGAUUACAAAUAUAGAACAAUUGGAAGGAAAAAUCCAAAUAGCCAACUGAGGAUUCUUGCCUGCUUCCAUGGUGCAAGAAAUAUUCCAUCAUUGAUAAAUUUGAUUGAGGCUUCAAGAGGAAUCCAGAAGCGUGAUGCACUUUGUGUGUAUGCAAUGCACCUUAAAGAACUCUCUGAGAGGUCCUCAUCCAUAUUAAUGGUACACAAGGCAAGAAAAAAUGGUUUGCCAUUCUGGAAUAAAGGUCAUCAUGCAGAUUCAAAUCAUGUGAUUGUGGCAUUUGAGGCUUACAGGCAACUAAGCCAAGUGUCUAUCCGGCCAAUGAUGGCAAUCUCAUCUAUGACUAGCAUACAUGAAGACAUUUGUGCAACUGCUGAGAGGAAGAGGGCUGCACUGGUUAUUCUUCCAUUUCAUAAACAUCAAAGAUUGGAUGGUUCACUAGAUAUUACUCGAAAUGAUUAUCGAUGGGUUAACAAAAGGGUACUUCAGCAUGCACCAUGCUCAGUUGGACUUUUUGUUGAUCGUGGUCUUGGUGGUACGUCCCAUGUCUCUGCAAGUAAUGUUUCUUAUUGUGUUACAGUUCUUUUCUUUGGUGGUGGUGAUGAUCAUGAAGCCCUUGCUUAUGGAGCUCGUAUGGCAGAGCACCCUGGCAUAAAAUUAGUGGUUAUUCGCUUUGUAGUGGAACCAGUGAAUGAAGGAGAGAUUGUAAGAGUUGAUGUGGGUGACUCCACUAGCACGAAAUUAAUCCCAGAUGAUGAGGAGUUCUUUACUGAAUUCAAGUUGAAAAUAGCCAAUGAUGACUCCAUCACCUAUGAAGAGAGAAUCGUAAAAAAUGCUGCAGAAACAGUUGCUACUAUUCGUGAGUUUAAUAGCUGCAAUCUGUUUCUUGUGGGUUUAAGGCCAGCUGGUGAAGUUGCAUGUGCUCUGAAGAGAAGUGAAUGCUCUGAACUAGGACCUGUUGGUGGUUUGUUGGCAUCACAAGAUUGCCCCACAAUAGCAUCCGUUUUGGUGAUGCAACAAUAUCACAAUGGCGCGCCAAUAAACUUUACCUCACAUGUAGAGGAACACUUAUCUGAUAGGGACUCUACUUAAACAACUUUCCUCUAAUUUUGUUCGGGAAGGCACGCCAUGUUUGUGCUUUGCUGAACUCCGUGCUGCUUUACUUUAUAGUUUACUGUUCAGUUUCAAUUUUAUUGGAUUUGGAAUUGGUAUAGAAUUAUUUUAUGUUAGGACUUUUGAGUUGCACAAAGAAUUAUGGCAUAAGAUUAUAAUUCUAAGUUCAAUUCCAAUUUUAUGAUUUACAUGUAAAUCUAGAAUUUAAAAAUAAAUAUAUCUUUAUAUGUUAAAUAUAAGUCAUUAUUGAACUGAAAUAUUU